AUGUCCCGAAUUGCCUAUGUCAAUGGCCGCUAUGUCCGACACGCAGAAGCAGCAGUUCAUAUUGAAGAUCGCGGCUAUCAGUUUGCUGAUGGUGUUUAUGAAGUUUGCGAAGUUCGUUACGGCUACAUCAUUGACCUGACCAGGCAUCUCGACAGGCUGGAACGUUCGUUGCGCGAACUGCAAAUUCGCAUGCCAAUGACGCGCAAGGCGCUAACCCACAUUAUCAAGGAAACUGUCCGCAGAAACCGCGUCUAUAAUGGCAUGUACUAUCUUCAGAUUACUCGUGGCGUGGCAAAACGUGACCACUUUUUUCCCGCAGAUACCGUCAGCCCAUCUGUGGUCGUGACGGCCAAGUCGAUCAACAGGGAUGCCGGUGAAGCGAGAGCCGAAAAGGGAAUUGCGGUUAUCACGGUACCGGAAAACCGUUGGGAACGGGUUGAUAUCAAGUCAGUCGGCUUGUUGCCGAAUGUUCUCGCAAAACAAGAAGCCAAACUACGAGGUGCCACCGAAGCCGUUUUCGUCGAUGGCGAUGGCAUGAUCAAGGAAGGUGCUGCCACGAAUUUCUGGAUUGUCACAAAAGACGGCACAUUGUUGACCCGGCCCGCAGAACACGGAAUUCUGCGCGGCGUAACGCGUACAACUGUCAUGGAUGUUGCGGCAAAAUUGGGUUUGGUUGUGGAAGAGCGCGGCUUCUCGAUCGAAGAAGCCAAACAGGCCCGUGAAGCAUUUAUCACUGCCGCGACGACACUUGUUAUGCCGGUGAUAAUGUUAAACGAUUCGCCUAUAGGAAAUGGGCAUCCCGGGAUGAUAGCACCGCAACUGAGAGAAGCAUUUUUUGAUGUUGCUGAAAAAACGCCGUGUUGA